GCCACAUCCUGAAAACCUCAACACACUCAAAGACACAGACAAAAGAUCAGCAGACCAUUGUUAUUUCAGUGAGCAGUACUUGCUGUUGGUUUCCAUCUUGUGAAUAUGGAUGUCUCCAAGCCUAAAGCGAGCAGCAAGAUUGCCACACGGACCACGGUGCCCGGCAGUCCCCGAAAGGGCCAACCCAAGUUCAAACAGAGGUCAACACGGCAAUUCAAGAGCAAGCCACCCAAAAAGGGUGUCAUUGGAUUUGGUGAAGAUAUUCCUGGAAUGGAGGGAUUGGGAACUGAUUUUAACGUGAUCUGUCCAUGGGAGGCGUACAGUCACCUGGAGUUACAUGAGCUGGCCCAGUAUGGCAUUAUAUGAGGUCACUUUCUGUUCCCACAUCCUGCUGAACAACAUCCUGCACCUUAAUAUGUCUUUUAAAUAUUACUAUUUAUAUACAGCAAUAUCUUUGGUAGAUGUUAGGUUAAUUACAUAUGGACAACAGCGUAAAUAAAUCGGCAAUAAGGAACUGGAUCUUAGUUAAUCUACCUCUUCAAACUGAAAUUUCUUGUAGAACUGGAUUAAUUUCACUCUGUCACUAAUUUCAAUGCUAAUUUCAGAUAACCUUUUCUUACUCUGUUUUUACCUUUAUUAUUGUAUGUGCUAUAGUAUUGACAUGCAAUGGGCAUUUUAGGUCUCACUUCUUGCUUUUAUGCUUUUGCAUCCAAAUAACCCUGCAAACAUCAGUGUACUAAAGGUAGCAUGAGUUGUGGAUACUUUUUUUUUUUUUUUAAUUAUUUACAAUGGAUGUUUAUGUUUUUAUUUUGUCAAGUUGCAAAUGUUCAAAAUGAGUUUGGGUUUCUCAGUGUCUGCCCAUAGCGCGAGUGCUGGGAGCAGCUCUCUGUGAGAGCCUGGCCCAGUUUAUUGGCCUUAUAUGCUGGAGAACCAUACAAGAAUGAGCCCGACUCAUUCCUGGGUAGCA